CAUGGGAGUAAUCUGAUAGGUAUGUCUGACCUGAAUGUCCCAGAUCAGCUGUACCAAUACAUGGUGGGAGGACACAGACGCACCCAACCUGGAAUUCACCGAGAAAAGCACAAAUCGCCUAGUUAUCAAAUAAAGGAGGGGGACACCGUGAAUGUGGAUGUUACGUGUCCUGGAGCCACACUGGCUUUAGCCUUACUUUAUUUGAAAACAAACAACAGGUCAAUCGCAGACUGGCUGCGAGCCCCGGACACACAAUACUUGUUGGACUUUGUGAAGCCAGAAUUUCUUUUAAUGCGGACUCUGGCAAGGGGAUUAAUUAUGUGGGAUGAAAUAAAACCCAACUCAACAUGGAUUAACAGCAACAUACCACCU